CUGGCACUCCCAUCCAUUUCAAUCUGUAGGGUUUGUGCUCCAGCAGAAGCAUUUCUCACCUUUUUUCCCCCAGAUGACACAGCUCCUUGCUCACAUCUCUGGAUGCCAUCACUUGAGUUGCCUUUCAGAAUCUCAGAGUAAAUUUUUCUUACAAAAGUGGAUUUGGGGGACAUUCAGUGCUUGAGUUGGUCUGAGAGCAGCCCCACAUUUUUUCCCCCCAAAUAAAACACUUUUCUCUGUGAAGAGAUGGGUUUGGGGCACACAGAUCCAGCAUGGUCUGAGGAGAGAGAUGAGUGGGGCUUGUUUGCUCCCACUGCUGCCAUCCAGCUGCUCUUGCAACACAAAUUUUCUGCUGCAUUCCUGCAGCAGCUGAGAAAAUGUGCCAUUGUCAAGCCCUGAACACGAGCCUGUCUUGAUGAGAUGACAUUUGUUCUUGUGUGGAUAUGAGAGACAGGUUAGAAAAUCUCCUGGUUGUUUUUUUUUCUCCAUUUGAACUGGAUUUGAACUCUGUGCUCUGCUCUGAGGCCUCUUCUGUAGCUACACAGCACAAGCACAUUGGCCUGACCUAAAUCUGUGCCCUUGAGUGCCUUGCUGGGCUGUUCUCCUCACACAGGAGCUGACACAGCCCCACUUUGUCCAUUCCAGGGCUGGCUGAGCUCUGAGCUGUUUGCUGGUGAGCCCUGUCCUCAGACAGAGCCUUGUGGGACACCAGGAAAUCAUCCCUGAGGCUGCAAACCUGCCCUGCCUGGGCUGCCAGCAUCCCCCACAGCAAUUCCUGCUGUUUUCCCCUGGUGUUUUCCCCUGGUGUUUUUCCCCUGGUGUUUUCCCCUGCUGUUUUCCCCUGCUGUUUUCCCCUGCUGUUUUCCCCUGGCAGAUGUGAAGAGGCACCUGAGAAGCUGCUCCUUGUGGGAGGUUCCCACUCUGACACUCACCUGGUGCCAGGUGCAUGGCUGGGGAUCUCUCUACAACCAAACCACACAUUUGAUGUUCAGAAUGACCAAAAUCAACUCAAACCCCACUUUUCCCUUCCCUCUCAGCCUUCACUCCACUGCUCAGGAUUGAUUAUUCCAGGCUUUCCCUUUCCCAGCUAAGAUUUUACUGGAAUUAUUUCUAUCAAGCCCCAGGAGCUGGGAGCUGAGAGGGAUGAUGUGAGGGAGCUCUGCUCUCCCUGAUUGUGCCAUAAACCUUCAAUUCCUCCCCCCUCCUUCUCCAUGGAGCACAGGGGGAGGGAAAGGUGCUCUGCCUUGUCCUUGUGCUGUGUUUGUGCUGAUCCCAGGGGCUGGAAUGCUGCUGUGGGAGAGGCCCAGAGCUGCUGCCUCAGCUCUUUCUGAGCUUCCUGCUGCAGAUGGAAUCAGAUGGGAGCAGGGAUUGAGUGCAGCUUUGGGGGCACUGUCAGAUUUCCAGGGCACUGAACUGGUCCUGAAAGAGAAAUCCUGCCAGAAUCAGCUGGGCAGAGCCUGAUGCUGCUGAAAUCCCAGGAGCUCCUUCCCUCUGCCCCUGGAAAGCUGUGGGCUGAAAUCCCCAGGGAAUUCAUCUCCUUGCAGAGAUGUUGGUGGCUCUGAGCAGCUCUCCCCAUCCCCUUGUGUGUGCAGGGUGUGGAAUCCACAGCCAGGAGUGUGGAUGCAGACAGAUCCAGACCCACUCUGGGGCUCACAUCCCCCUGGGAGAGCUGAGAGAACAGAACUGGGAGCACUGAGCAGGUGGAAGCAGCAGAGGCUGAAUUUGAGGAGCCUUGGGGUGCUCCAUGGGCCACACUUUGUUUUCCUUGGAUUCAAUCUUCCAAAGAAAAGCAGAGACUUGUGCACAUGAUGCCAUUAGUCCUUGGUGACACUUUUUAUUUCCACAGGAAAUACAUUUCUCCAUCCACUCCCACACCUUUCCUUCUUUCACACUUUGUGCUGCUGCUCCCAACUCUCCUGAUCCUGCCUUCUCCCUGGACACCUCAGGCUGCUGCUGUCACUGCUGCUGUCCUGUGGAAGGUGACAGAAAGGAAAGAAAGGCUCCUUGUCACCCUUAAUUCCUGCCCCACCCACGAUUUAAAUGCAGGAUCUGUCCCCUGGCUCUGUCAGCUCCAUGGAGGUGACACCCAGAGCUUGGCAACCCCAAGCUGAGGUUAUCUCCUCUCCUGACACUGAGUUAUGAGCCAAUAGCACUUUAUUAAAAUGGUAUUUUGGAUUGGAGAGCAAAUUCCAGAGCAGAUGGAAUGGUGAGCAAUCCAUCACUCCCAUCCUGGCUGCUGCCACUGCAAAUGUGGCUGGCUCAGAGAUUUACAGCCUGGCCAGCUCUGGCUACUCCCAGGUGCCAUCCUUUGAGGGAUUUCUGUGGGAUGUGAAAGGCUGGGAGGAGAUUGCUGUGAGCACCACAUCCCUGUGGUGUUCUGGGCCUUGGAGAAAUGAGAAUCUCCCCAGGAAAUGCUUCCCUGCCAGACUAGUGGGGAAAAAACAUUCAGAAUAUUUUCUAAACCCUUGUCUCAGGCUGGGGUUAAUUUAUUUUCUGCUCUUUGUCUGCACUGAGCCCAGAUGUGCCCAGAUGUGCCCAGACUCAUGGAACAAAUCCUGCAGCAGCAUCUUUGUGCAGGGUUGGAGCCCAGGUGGGGUCAGAGCUGCUCUCUGGGUGUUCCUGUGCCAGCAGGGAGCACAGGAGGGAGGUUGGAGAGCUGGGGGCAGAUUGCAGGAAAAGUGAUCCCACUUUUCCUUCUCUGUGCCAAAGGCCUGAGCAAAAUUCCUGAGCUUUUCCUGCCUUUCCAGGAAGGGCAAUGGGCACAAGAGGAGCCUGAACUGAGCAGUGAAAUAUUUUAUCUUGCUUUAAAAUCAGUUGUGGAUCUUGGAGCUUCCCUGUUUAUCCCAGAGAACCAAGCAGGUGAAAAUCUGUCCCAGAGCCUGGGGGAAUCCCAGAGCCCUUCUGGAGAGGCCAGGCCAGCUCUCCCCACCCCUCCCAGCCUUGUUGGCACCUCCUGGCACCCCCUGCCCCAAAUCUGGGGAGCUGCUGCUCUGGGGUGCCCCAGGGGGGAAUCACUGCCUUCCAAGGGUUGGAAAAAACACUCAGAUGCAAAACAUGCAAAAAACUAUUUUACUGACAAACAGCAAAGGAUGGGCUUAGUUCCAGGAGCUGAACUGGUUCUCUAUUGUACAAACAUCUUCUUGAAAGGGAAGGAAUGGCUGAAAUACACUCACUUGUUGACCCAAAUAAAAUCACAGUGUGCUUUUUCUAUUGCCUCCCCCACCCCAAGCUCUCUGCACCUUCAGCUCAGGCUGUCACCUCCCUCCUUGUGGAGAGCACAAAGCCCUGGCUGAAAUCUGCCUGUGCAAGUGUAUUUAAUAAAAAAAUUAGCCAUUAUUGCUUUUCAACCACAGUAGAGAUUAUUCUGUGAUUAGACUCGGAGCAGAGUUUAAUCUCUCUCUCUCUGGUAGUCUGGGCUGUGCCUCUCCCUGCCUGAUGCAUGCAGAAAUGGUUUGGGUGCAGGAAAAAAGAAAAGAAAAGGAGUAACAAUCAGGGGAAACAGCACUCCAAGCUCUGUCCUGGUGUUUUAUCAGAAAAAGCUCCCUCAAGUGAGUGCAGGGCUUCCUCUGCCUCAGUGGGAGCUGGGACUGAGCCCUGGGCUCACCCUGAACCUGGGAACUGUUUGGGAUGAAAUGGGUGCAGAUGGGUGGAGGUGCCAAAGGAGGGAAGGCUCCAUGCAGGGGACAGGGUGACACAGAGCUCUGGACACACAGACACACACACACAGACAGACACACAGCCACAGCCCAGCCAGGCUGAGCAGCUCCUCCUCACUGCCCCACCUGCAGGGAAGCCACACUGGCUCUUUUUGAGUUUUUCAUUUUCUUUUGGAAGUUCCCUCGCUGCUUCUUGUCCUCCUGGACACCCCAGGGUGCUGGGCUGGGGGGAUUUUUCACCUUCACCCCAGGGUGGGAGCAAAAUCCUGUGUCCCUGCCCCAAUUCAUUCCCUGAUCUGCAUCCCACUGCUGCUCACUGACACCCAGAGCUGUUCAGGAAAUGAUGGAUCCAAAUGUUUGUACCACAUGCUCUAAUUAGGGAAGAAUUUCUGCUCCUUCCUAUGCAGGGGGGCUUUGGGAGCUGCAGUUUUACCUCCCAAACCCCCCUGAAUGCAGAAGCAGCUUCAUCACCCCUAUGGUGACCCAAGCUCUUCACCCAUGAAUGUUCAGCAGUGAAAUGAGAACUGAGCUCCCUGUGCCCCUCACCCUGCAGCAGUGAGCAUCACCCUCCUUUCCACCUCAGGAUGCUCAAACAGAACCCCCCAGGUUUCAUUUUGUGCCUCUGGACACCCCUCAAAGAGCCUGUCCCCAUCUCUGCACCCUCCCUGCAGGGAUUUGGGUGUGGAUGGGCAGUCCCAGUUCUCCCAGUUCCCUCCCAGUGCCUUCAUCCCCUCAGUGUGUUUCCAGCACCCCUUUUAGCAGGGAUUCUCCUCUCCCAGCUGAAAAUGCAACCAGAAAAUGAGGUAGAAGAGCAGUGAGAGUAACCAACCCCAGCCCACCGUGCUGGGAGUGCCCAGGACACCACCCCAGGCACUGCCCUGGUGUUUUGUGGAUGAGCUGAGGUGUCCCUGGCUGGCCCAAGGAUGGAUGGAUGGAUGGAAGCUCAGGAGACACCUUCCCAAAGUUCUCCUCAAAGAGGAAGGGCCCUUCUCACUGAUUGUUGUUUCUAUUGGCCAGGGGUUAAUUCAGCAGAGCUGGAAUUGAGGAGGGGGUUUGAGUUAAAGGAGCUGCUGGGUGAUGGGGUGGGUUUCUCAAUCCCCUGCUUUUCCCCACCCGUCUUUCCACAAUUCUCCUUCCCAACCAGACCCCAUGUGGGAGGCUCCUCACCCCAAAACCUCAGGAGGACAUUCCCAGCAGAGCACCUCACCCCAAAACCUGAGGAGAACAUUCCCAGCAUGGUUCUCACCCCAAAAAUGCAGGAGAACAUUCCCAGUACCCCAAGAACUCAGGAGAACAUUCCCAGCAGAACCUUUCACACCAAAAACUCAGGAGAACAUUCCCAACGUGGUUCCUCACCCAAAACCACAGGAGAAAAUUCCCAAUAGGGCUCCUCACCCCAAAAACUCUGGAGAACAUUCCCAGCAUGGUUCCUCACACCAAAACCACAGGAGAAAAUUCCCAGUGGGGCUACUCAUUCCAAACACACAGGAGAACAUUCCCAAUAGGGCUCCUCACCCCAAGAACUCAGGAGAACAUUCCCAGCAGAGCCUUUCACACCAAAAACUCAGGAGAACAUUCCCAGCAGAGCUCCUCACCCCAAAAACUCAAGAGAAUGUUCCCCAUAUGGCUCCUCACCCCAAAACCACAGGAAAACAUUUCCAGCAUGGUUCCUCAUCCCAAAAAUGCAGGAGAACAUUCCCAGCAGAGCUCCUCACCCCAAAAACUCUGGAGAAUAUUCCCAGCAUGGCUCCUCACCCUAAACCACAGGAGAAUGUUCCCAACAGAGCUCUUCACCCCAAAAAUGCAGGAGAACAUUCCCAGCAGAGCCCCUCACCCCAAAAACUCUGGAGAAUAUUCCCAGCAUGGCUCCUCACCCCAAAAAUGCAGGAGAACAUUCCCAGCAGAGCCUUUCACACCAAAAACUCAGGAGAACAUUCCCAGUGGGACUCCUCACCCCAAAACCACGGGAUAACAUUCUCAACAGAGCCCCUCUCCCCAAAAACUCAGGAGAACAUUCCCAGCAUGGUUCCUCACCCCAAAACCACAGGAUAACAUUCUCAACAGAGCCCCUCUCCCCAAAAACUCAGGAGAAAAUUCCCAGCAUAGUUCCUAAUCCCAAAACCACAGGAGAACAUUCCCAGCAUGGUUCCUCACCCCAAAUAUUUUUGAUUUUUGAAACCAUCCCAAAAGUGCUGGGUCAGGAUUCCCUCCCUGCACAGGCAGGAGUUUUGGUUUCUGAAGGAUGAGGAUCAUUUCCCCAUGACAAACCUGCUCCACCAAACCUGGAAUAAAGUGAAUUAUUCCCACCAAAUUUAAUUGCACUGAGAGUAUUUCUCGUUUGGCUUUUUGCUUGUGCCUGACUUUGAACAAGAGGCAGGUUCAAAAGGUGACAGCUACAGACCCAGCAGAUUUUUUAAAAAUCUAUUUUUAUACAACAUUUAUUUUGUAAAAUUUUCUUUUCCCCUUCUUCCAGAACCUCAAAUUUUUAUGGAAUUUUACCCUGGAUCAGCCAGGUCAAACUCAACAGGUGUGAGCCCCCAUUUCACCCUUUCCAAUUGUUGAAUUUUUAAUUUUCCAACCAAGCUCAGCUGCUGCAGCAAGGCAGAGCCAGGCUUUACAUUCAAUCUGAGUUUCUCAGUGGAAAAAAAUUGCUUUUAAAUUUUAAUUGCUUUUUUUUUUCCCCCCCAUAACCAGUUCCAAGGACUCAAUAUUUGUCCUUAUCACGAUGGAAUUUUCUUCCCUGCCAGAGGAGCUGCUCAAGGAAAAGUUAGAUCCCAAAUUCCUUAGAUCCUAAGGAAUUUUUAGACAUCACAAACAGACAGACAGACACAAAUAUGGACCAGACAAUUAUUUAGGUCCAGAAAGAACCUGGGGCUCCAAGACAAGAGGCACUGGGGAAUAGCAAAGGUGGGAAUGGCAGAAAAAAAAAAAAAAAAAAAGGAAAUUUUGGGCAGUUUUGGGGGUUGUAAUUAACAGAAUGGGUAUAGGAAAUUAAAAAAAACCCCAAAAAACCAACAGGAUGUGGAGCAGGGAGGGCAGAGCAGGAAUCCUGGUGUCCUUUCCCUGCACAAACAGCAGGAGGCCACUGAGAGCGUCCAGGAAUUCAUGGAGGGGAGGGAAUUUGAUGCUCAGCAUCCCUCAGGUCUGGGAGUUCUCCCCAUUUCUGCACAAACCCACAAAAUGAUGAAUGAGGGGGGAAUGAUGAGGGUUCAGGGCUGGCAGAUUCCUGGGGAUGGUGUUUCCCUCCUUCAGCCCUCCUGAUAAAUCCCAAUAAACCCCAAUAAAUCCUAAUAAUUCCCAAUAAAUCCCAAUAAAUCUCAAUAAAUCCCAAUAAAUC